AUGUCUACUACCGUCAAGCUCGCUUCUGGCCGUGAGAUGCCCCUUGUGGGCUUCGGUCUCUGGAAGGUCCCCGCCGAGACCGCCGCCGAGACCGUCUACAAUGCCAUCAAGGCCGGCUACCGUCUGUUCGACGGUGCCUACGACUACCAGAACGAGAAGGAGGCCGGCGAGGGCAUCAAGCGCGCCAUCGCCGAGGGUCUGGUGAAGCGCGAGGACAUCUUCGUCACCACGAAGCUGUGGAACAACUACCACCGUCGCGAGCAUGCUCUCGAGAUGGCCAAGCUUCAGAACGAGGCCUGGGGUCUGGGGUACAUCGACCUCUACCUGAUUCACUUCCCCGUCUCGCUCGAGUACGUCGAGCCUUCCAAGCGCCGGUUCCCUGCCUGGUGGAUGGACGACAACAGGGAAGUCGUCUCUUGGGACAAGGUACCCAUCCGUGAGACGUGGGAGGCCCUCGAGACCGUCGUCGACCAGGGCAUCGCCCGCUCCAUCGGCGUGUCCAACUUCCAGGCCCAGUCGCUCUACGACAUCCAGACGUACGCGCGCCACCCCAUCUCGGCCCUCCAGAUCGAGCACCACCCCUACCUCGUCCAGCCCGACCUCGUCGCGCUCGCCGCCGAGCUCAACAUCACCGUCACCGCCUACUCCUCCUUCGGCCCCCAGAGCUUCAUCGAGCUCGCGGGCAUCUUCUCCGCCCGCGCCAAGGACACGCCCCUCCUCCUCGAGAGCGCCGCCAUCAAGGCCAUCGCCGACAAGCACGGCAAGACGCCCGCCCAGGUCCUCCUCCGCUGGGCCACGCAGCGCGGCGUCGCCGUCAUCCCCAAGUCCAACAACCCGGGCCGCCUGGCGCAGAACCUCGACGUGACGGGCUUCGACCUCGCCAAGGAGGAGAUUGAGCAGAUCUCGGGGCUGGACCGCGGGCUGCGCUUUAACGAUCCCGGCUUCUACCUGCCCAACCACCCUCUGCGCAUCUUCGCUUAG